AUGGUCUCCUCGUGCGACGACUCGUUCGGUCCGCAUGCUGGUGACUGUAGAGGCGGUUUCGACUUUACACUACUUUUUGAAGAGUCCAUACUCACUAUACCAAUAACUGUCUUGGUGCUUCUAGCUGCCCCCUGUCGAGUUGUCUACCUGCUGCACAAGAACAAAGUCAAAGUAGAAAACAGCCGCUGGCUCUACUGUAAAAUUUCAUUGUGCCUCAUUCUCUUAGCUUCGCAAAUCAGCUUCCUCAUCGCCUGGACUCGCCCUUCUGCAGUUGUCACCAAAGCCUCUCUCCCAACAGCUGCCCUAUCCUUCGUCGCAUCACUCGGUCUCCUGUGUCUAUCCUACGUCGAGCACGUCUAUUCGUACCGACCGUCCACAGUGCUUAUUCUGUUCCUGCUCUUCUCUGCGCUGUUCGACGCCGCACGAACACGAACACUAUGGCUUCAAGGCUACAAUCGGCCGGCCGCCAUUACCGCACUCAUCGCGACCGUGAUAAAGAUCGCCAUGCUCGCUGUCGAGGCAAUUGAGAAGCGUCGUUUCUUGCGGUCUCAGUACCGUGCUCUGCCUCCCGAAGUGACUAGUAGCGUCUUAUCGCACUGGUUCUUCUCAUGGCAGAUACCACUGUUUCGCGCUGGUUAUUCUAAACACCUGGAGAUUGAGGCAUUGUUUCCUCUCGAGAAACAUUUCAAGUCUCUGUAUCUUCAGAAGCUGUUGCAGACUGCUUGGGCCAAAGCGUCUCGGAAGGGCAACCAUUCCCUAAUGUUAACGGUUCUUAGAACCUUGAAGUGGCCUACCCUGUCCAUCAUCUUUCCGCGUUUAUGCUUUAUCGGUUUCACCUUUUGCCAGCCGUUCCUCAUCUCAGCAACCCUCGCCUGGGCAGAGAAUGACAGUGACUCUGAUGAUAUGAACCAAGGAUACGGCCUCAUAGGCGCAUGGUUUCUUGUAUUCAUGGGUUUAGCAGUGACGAGCGGCCAGUAUCAACACCUCACCUACCGCGCCAUCACCAUGGCACGCGGUCAGCUCGUCUCAAUACUAUUCGACAAGGCCACGGAUAUCAGCAUCACUGCCGCUGACCCCAGCGCAGCCCUGACUCUGAUGAGUGCUGACAUCGAGAGGAUCGACACGGGAUGGCGCACCGCCCAUGACGUUUGGGCCAACUUGGUCGAGAUUGUCAUUGCAGUCUACCUCUUAGGACGUCAGCUCGGCAUCGCAUGUCUCAUUCCUGUUGGAGCAGCGAUUUUCUCCAUCAUCGGGUCUGUCAUCGCAGUCAGCUUCGUCAUGGCUCGUCAAGCCGCAUGGUUAGAGGCCAUCGAAAAGAGAAUAUCCGUUACGUCGCAGAUGCUAGGCAGUAUGAAGGGCGUCAAAAUGUGCGGACUGACCGACGUGCUCAGCAAUCGCAUCCACGAGUUGCGAACCGACGAAUUGCGUAUUUCUGGCAAGUUCCGCAGGUUGCUAAUCUGGAAUAUGGUCUUGGCUUACCUCGCUCCUAUCUUUGCCCCGGUCUUGACCUUUGCAACCUACAGUCUCGUCGCCCGGUCACGGGGAGGUGAUAGCAACCUGGACAUCAACCGCAUGUUUACGUCUCUGUCACUCUUCGCACUGCUCAAUGAGCCCAUUUCCUCUUUUGUCACGGCGUUGUCCUCGUUGAUGGGGUCUGUCGGAAGCUUCGCGCGUAUACAGGCCUUCCUCAACACAGACAUUCGCGUCGAUGGUAGAAUUAUCUCACAUGAUAACAAGAGCGAAGGGUCAUCGACAUCCACGUCCUUACGCAGCGACCAGGAGAAAAACUCGGUCUCAUCCGAGAAAGAGCCCAACCUUCACACAAACUGUCUUUUUGUGAAUUCAUUGGGCGACAACUGUGUCGUUGUCAAGACAGGCGCAUUUGGCUAUGAUACUACCCAGAAACCCAUUCUAAGCGACAUCACUGCCCAAGUGCCAUUGGGUAAGCUCACCCUUGUCGUGGGGCCAGUGGGUAGUGGCAAGUCAACUCUCCUCAGAGCAUUCCUGGGAGAAGUGACAGUCAUGGCUGGAUCUAUCCAGAUGAUGAAUGCGGAAAUCGCCUACUGCGACCAAACUCCCUGGCACAUGAACGGCACCGUGCGAGAUAGUAUCAUCGCCUUCUCACAUGUCGACGAACGUUGGUACCAAAAUGUCCUCCAGGCUUGCUCUCUGACGGAAGAUCUGGCCCAACUCCCCAAGGGCGAUCUUAGUAAGAUUGGGAGCAAGGGAAUUGUCCUCAGUGGAGGUCAGAGCCAACGAGUCAGUCUAGCUAGAGCUGUCUACGCACAAAAGAAGGUUAUCAUCUUGGAUGAUGUCUUUAGUGGAUUGGAUAUGCACACUGAAUAUGCUGUCUUCCAUAAUCUACUCGGGACUCAUGGUCUCCUGCGACAGUCAAACACAACCGUCAUCAUGGCGACUUCACGCGCAAAUCGUCUUUCUUAUGCAGACCACAUCAUCAGCCUCGAUGGUAGUGGAAUCGGCUGUGUAGAGGGAAGCUUUGACAAGCUGACCAACACUGACAACUACGUGUCCCGCUCGGCCGUAGCGUCUGCGGACUGGACAUAUAGCCAAAUAACUGCUUCCCCUACAUCGACCGAACCGUCGCCCGAUGCGUUGGUGGAUUCAGAGAUAGUCCUUUCGGAUGAAGCCAAAGAAGACGCUGGUCGUCGCACUGGGGACAUGGCGAUAUACCUCUACUACAUCCGCGCCAUCGGCUGGAUUCCGAGCAUGAUCUUCAUCUUUGCCAUCUGCGCCUUCAUUGUGUGCCAGUCCUUCCCCACCAUCUGGCUCAACUGGUGGGCAGCCGCCAACGCCAAAGACCCUUUUGCACGCUUGGGCUAUUACCUAGGUAUUUACGCAAUGCUGGGCGGACUCGCAAUUAUCUUCCUCGUUCUUAGCACCUGGCAGAUGAUCGUCACCAUGGUACCGCUAUCGGGCAACAGCUUUCACCAGAGCCUGCUCAAGACGGUGCUCAACGCGCCCAUGUCCUUCUUCGCUGCUACAGACGCUGGAGUCACUAUCAACCGCUUCAGCCAGGAUCUGCAGCUCGUUGAUAUGGACCUACCUCUGUCAGCGCUCAACACAUUUGCCACAUUUGUUCUGUGUAUCGCUGAGAUGGUUCUCAUCUCAGUUGGUUCAUACUACACCGCCAUCGCGUUUCCCUUUCUGUUCGUUGCCUUAUGGGUGGUUCAGCAUGCAUAUCUCCGGACAUCCCGUCAGCUCAGGUUCAUGGAUCUCGAGGCAAAAAGCCCACUUUACGCUCUCUUCACAGAAUCUGUCGCUGGACUAGCGACGCUGCGUGCGUUUGGUUGGCGUGAUGCCCUCGAGAAGAAGCAUCAUGACCUCCUGGACCAGUCUCAGAGGCCAUUCUAUCUUCUCUACGCGGCGCAGCGAUGGCUGACUCUUGUCCUCGACCUGUUUGUCACAGUCAUCGCUGUACUGGUCGUGGUCCUUGUUACACAGUUGAGAGGUGUGCUGCCAACUGGGUUGAUCGGCGUGGCGCUUGUCAACAUCAUCCAGUUUAGUCAGCACUUGAAACUGCUGAUGACAUUCUGGACAACCUUGGAGACGCAUAUUGGCGCCAUAUCUAGGAUCAAGUCGUUCACAUCUGAUACUGCGUCUGAGCACGAGCCGCAGGAAAAGGAACAGCCGCCGUCAAUAUGGCCAUCAAAGGGCCAGAUUGUUUUCGAAGAUGUUUCUGCCGGAUAUACCGGUAAAAGUUCCAUGGUCUCUUGUCUUUUCCGUAUGGUGGACCUUCAUAGUGGUAAGAUCCUCGUAGACGGGCUCGACAUCAGCACACUUCCCCGCCAAGAAGUUCGCUCUCGACUAGUCGGCGUGCCUCAAGAUGCAUUUCUCAUCGAAGGAAGUAGUGUGAGACUGAACGCGGACCCUGCUCAAGGACUCUCAGAUGCCGCCAUUGAAGACGCCAUGAGAGCCGUUGAACUGUGGGAUAUAAUAGCUGAGAAAGGCGGACUUGAUGCGCCUAUUGAAGCGCUGCACCUAUCUCAUGGCCAGAAACAGCUAUUCUGCAUUGCACGCGCUAUCCUUCGCCCUUCGCCUAUCGUAGUUCUCGAUGAAGCUACCAGCAGUGUUGACUCGCGUGUCGAUGAGCUCGUGCAGCGUGUUGUACGUGAGCGCUUCGAGAAUCGCACUGUGAUUGCGAUUGUCCAUAAGAUCCAGUCAGCCCUUGAAGACUUUGACAUGGUAGCUGUGCUUGAUAAAGGUGAACUGCUAGAGUUUGGGCCGCCGCGACAGCUUCUGGCCAAAGGCACUGAAGCCUCUGCAUUUGCUGCUCUUUAUGAGAGCAUGGGUACCGGAGACAAGGAAGCAUCACAGGAGUAA